AAUUGAUCUUACCUACACACGCAUGAAGUGACUUAUCGACAGCGUUGAAAAGUGAAUGUCAUCACACGACGUCAUCAAAACACCAUAAUGUGCGGUGUGAUGCUUGAAGUACCUAGAUAUAGAAUCUAGAUGUACUAUCUAGUAUUAUCAUUAAAAAGCGUCAAUAUUAAAGAAUAUUCGAAUUGAAUCGAAUCAUUUUAGUGUACGUACUACGAUUUUAACAAGACUUGUGUCUGCUUAUCGCUACGUGAUUUAUAGGUUAUGUCACAUUGUGUGUGUGUGCGAUAUGAUUUUACUGAUAAUAUCCACCGUGAUCUGCAUUUUGAAUGACGUUGUACCGUUCCUGAUUAAAUUUAUAUUAUCGCGACAAUACGCGCAUAAGAAGUGUGAUCAUGAGUUAUGGGACGAGAUAAGUAACUUGAAACGGGAAAUGGCAGGAAUUUCCAUGGUAAAUGAAUUUGCUAAAUAUGCUAGGCUCCAACGCAAAUACAAUAAUUUGGAAAGCAUCUUGAAAAACAACAUAAAACAGCGGCAAAAUCGGAGACUAACACUACAACUGUCCUUAACUUAUGCCUUUUAUGUAAUAAAUGGGAUAUUAGCAAUAUAUUUGAUGUACAGAUAUAACAAUGUACUAGUAAUUGAUUUGCCAAAGGAUACGCUAUGGCCAAUCCAAGAUGUCUUGAGUUGGCCAGCUCAGCAUGGCAAUGGUAUUUCUCUAAUGAAUUGGGCCAUAAUCACCAAAUCAGGAAUAUCCUCGUGCAGAAAUCUGUACAAGUAAUCUGAAGACUGUCUUAUAUAAAUAAUAGAAUUGUCUAUAAUUUAUUAUAAGUCCUGUAAUAUUAAUAGGAAGUAACAUAAUGUGUGUUAAACAUUUUUGUAAUUUAGUAAAAAUCUAUCUUAUAAUUUAAUUAAACUAUUAUUUAUUGGAUAAUUUAUAGAAAAAUUAAAUGAAAGAAAGAACUUUUGCUACAAAAAUUUUUUGUUAUAGUCAACUUGGCAGUUAUAAUCUUACAAAUAUUUUAUAGUUUUCUUUUAUUAUUAUCAGAUUAUUGCACACGAAAUAGCUAUUUCAUUUGCGUCGACCUAAUAUAAAUAUAACAGAAAUAAAAAUAGAGAUUAUAAUUUUUAUCUUUCUGCCUUGCAUAAUCGUGCUAAGUCCAAAACCAGCUUAAGUUCGCGAAAUUCAAUUGCGAAUCGCUAUAUUUAAACCACGAAUGCAUUCUCCUGAUGUAUAUCUUGCGCAGACCGAUGCCUUGUUGGUGUCUGAAAUUGUCUUCUAGCGUUUUUUUACCGCUCGAGAGUAUCCGGAAUAUAUUUAUCUGCGACAAGGGUGAUCAUUGUUAUUCGAUAAGAAAUUAAAUAUGAAACAAUGAAAUAAGAUUGUGGUACAAAAUACUUGACGAAAAGAUAUUGAAACUGGAGUCGCGAAGAUUAUCCAGGUGACUGCUUCGCUACAAGGCGGAGUGGUGAGAGAUCCUUUGUAUGUGUAAAAAAUAUCGGUGUUCGAUGGUAUCAAAGAUUUUAGACUUAUGGAUAUAUUAACUGAUAAUUCUGUGUGCACCCAUUUUACGUCUGGUAGCCGUUCCAAGAAAGGUCGUAAAUAUUCAUUAUGCUCGUCUCGCAACUGAAAUCAUAUAGUUACACUUAGGUUGUCAUCCCGAAAAAAAUAACGAUAUAUGAAUUUUAUCUCUAUGUAACAAUAUAUAAUCAUAUGUAAUUAUAUAUAUCCAUACCGAGAAAAAUAUUGUUGUAUAAAUAUAAUUAAAGUAAAACAAUUGAAGUCAAACAAUUAAAAAGUAGAACAAUUGAAAUCAAAUGCUCAUGUUUCUAGCGAAGUCGAUGUUUACGGAAUAAAACAAUUUCUUUCUUUUUUUAUUCAACGGCAUUUUUUUCCGUAUGGACAUAUAAUUAUAUAUGAUUAUAUGUGUGACUAUCUAGAGACAAAAUUCAUGAGUUUUUUAUAUAUUUUUUUUAUAUCAUUUUGUAUAAUUAUAUAUAAUCAUUUUCCCCGGGAUUUCACCGAUUUUAUCAGUUCUGUAAAUCUUAGAACUCAAGUUGUCAAUAAAUAUUAAAGUCUUGUAUGUUUUAAAAAACGAAAAAGUUACUUGGAAAAGAGUAGCCACUACGACUACACCGUCUUCAUACUGUAGUGCAUGCGACAAGUUCGCAUAUGCCAGACUUCGAUGCACAAUAUGCAUUUCCAUUGGAUAUCUACGAUAUUUGAUAUCACCAAUUAUUCUCUGUGAUAUUUCGCCAUUACAAACUCUUGUAAAUAUAAGUAUGAUCAUCACCUUACGCCGUUUAACACAUGCUCAGCACCCCUACUGUUUUUCGCACCCCAAUGGAAGUGCAAUUGCUCUAUUUCAUACUGUUGAUUUCGUUUCAACGUGGCGCCGAAUACGUACGGCAACUUUUUGUACAUUACAUUUUUAUUUAUCGUGAGCUUAACUGAAAAUAAGUGCUCUUAGAGAAUAUGACGACUUUCAUAAGAUUUUGUAAGUCGAGAACACUUACCAGUUCUUCCAUCAUUUGUAAGUGUUUGCGGCAUCGGAAGAAAAUCAUGGUAACCGAUCAUUUCGAGCGCUGGAAGCGGUAGAGGAAUCGCUUUGGAAGUGGAUAUAGAUACCGGUGAUUGUAGCUUACCCGCGCAUAAUUUGUGUGUCUUCGGCCACAAAUGUUGUUCUAAAAUAAAGCACUUUGACUUAAAUUUUCAUUUUUGUUAAGUUUAAUAAUGAUUUAACAUUAUAAAGAACUACUAUAUACCUCUUUUGCUAUAUCCAAAGCCAUUGGUACUUGGUACAAUGAUGAAAAUGAUCCAUGCCAUCGUUACUUGUGAGAUAUUGUGCAUUUUUUAAUUCUUGUAUAAAAAUUUAUUGUUAAUGUGUAUGUGUGUGUGUGUAAUAAAUUUGCAGCAUGAAUCUUAA